AUGCUCGAAGGGUUCGGUGAGACGGAGGAGGGGGUUCUCGAAGAUGCCUCAGAAAGAGAGCGGGCUUUCGUUGGGGACCGACUUGCAGCUGGAGUCUCAGGUCCUGUUGUCUCCUUCAAUCCGGUCAUCUUCUGUUGGAGCUGCUUCGUCAAUUGGCUUCCAGACAGGGUGCUGGAAGACACCGUCGGUAGAGCCGCGGUUGUUAGGGUGGUGUCUCGUGAAGCUAUGUCGUCCCAACGCCAGCGUAAAGGACCAGCCAACGUCAAGAUUGUCAUCAUUGUGAUGAUUCGUGGAUGUCAUUGGUGGGGUGUUUGGUCACUACGUGGCUUGGCAAACCAUGACGAAACCCGAGUCACGUGGGGCGAUCUGCUGGCAAAAGAGCUCAAUCACCACCAGCGCCGUGGUGAUAGAGGGAGGUUAAAGCGCUUAACUAGAGCGCCUGGAAUUGCAGUGGCCCAAAGCAUACACGCAGGAGCAAAGCAUACCUACAUCUCUCUUGCGACUAUGUAUUCUAUCACCUCCUUGAUCCCCUCAAGCAUAACCCUCUUCAUCCUCUCUGUAUCCCUUCACUAUCAUAUUCAUAUCCACAAGCAAGGGCCUUUUCCCCACGUCUCCACGCUCAUAAAAGUCAAUAACUACAUCUACUCCGUCGUUUCUCUGCUAUUCUUCAUCGCCCUCGUCUGUUCCUCUGAGCUCGUCACGAAAUUAUGUGACCUCGAUGUCCUACAUGCAUUGCGUCAUUUUGGCAGCUACGUGCGAGUCCAUGAUGAGCAGAUGAGGCAUAUCUACCAUCUGUCAAAAACAUAUGAGUAUAUUGAUAUUCUUCUCGUCCUAGCUACAGGAGGACGCAUUGGGUGGCAUUUCGGGUUUCAUCAUUUGACGACCCCAUACCUGACAUACGUCCGCGUCCUCCGCAACCACACCGGCUGGAAACUGCUCGCCGCCCUCAACACACUCCAUCACGCCUUCAUGUAUGCAUAUUUCGGCGGAGUUGCCAGUUUCAGACCGAUUCUACCUUUCACGGGUUUCCUGCAGCUCAUGGUCGGUUUAGUGGGCGAAGCAGUGAUCGUGCAUACUAAAAAUAACAGUAAGUUAGUGGAAGAGGCGGUGGUCCUGUGGCCGCAUAUUGUUUCGGCGGCUCUGCUUGGAAUGUACUUUGUUCUUUUUGCUUUUGAGCUUAUGGCGUUGGCGCGGAGGCAGAAGAAUGGGCGUGGAAAAGUUACAGUUGGGGUAACUGGUGAUCUAGAUGAGAAUCAGGGUGGCAUAUUUGUCUCGAGGUCGGAAUUGAAGACUUAA